GACACGUGGACCACGCAGCACAACUCGGACUGGCUUCUCAAUGAUGUAGAGCAGAUAAGCGGCAUUAAGGUCGACUGUGCGGUGCAGAAUAAGCAGACUUUUCACGACACGCUUGUGAAUCCCGCUCACCAACUGCGAGACCGUCAGUGCGACACCUAUGUGAACACCUCGAAGGCGGAUAUGGAGGCAGCGGUUCUUCUCAGCUGCGUGCUGGGGAACCUCAUAAAGAUGAUCCAGCACUCGCAGUUAACGCUGGAAGGAACGAAGCAACUUGGAAAGAGGGGAACCAUGAGGCUCUUCGGUCAGCAAUUGUACAAUGAGAUGCUCACCGAAAAUUCGCGCCCGCGCGUCCACCUUUAUGGUGUCAACCGUGAAGAGCAGUCCAAGUCGUUACCCCUGAUGGCCGGUGCGGCGGUGCACCUCUACGAGGAACCGCAGGUGACAGUUGACAGGUUCAUCAAGGCUUCCCUGUGGCACCGUAGCCACGGCGUGAAUGAGAAGGUCUUCGCAGAAAUGCGCAACGUCUUCUUCAAGGUAGUCCCCAAAUUUGUUGACACCGACGUGUUUCGGGCCUCUGGGGAAGAAUGGCAAAAGUCCUGGAAUCUAGCCCUGCACCUGCAAAUGCACGGAAGUGAGAGCCUGGAGGAGGAGCGAUAUGGAGGGGUCUACGGGGAGUAGAUGCUGAUGAAGAUAUAGGUCAACUUCAAGUUCAUCACGCAGCGGCAAACCAGAUGCCGCACGCAACGCCGAUUCGUCGGAGCUAUGGACACGAAGGUCAUUGAGAUGUAUGAUGACUUGUCAAGGUUCAAAGCACUAGGGGAUCUGCGUACCAGUGAACGAGUCUUUCAGUCGUACGCUGUCCUCAACAAUAACAUCUACGAAAAGAAGCGCUUGAAUGAGUGCAUGCCCGAAUUUGGCGAGCGAAACGUAGCCUGCAAUGACGCACUGAAGAACCAGCGCUCGUGUAUCGAGCCGUUCCUCUUCACUUGCCAUCAAAUGCUCGUUUCUUUCUUAUGCAAGACGAGUGGAACAUCGCGGUUGAUUCACGUUUUCCGUGGCUUUUUGAAUACAGGGUCGAUGAAAUAUCGGCUGGUAUGGUGAGCGAUGUCAACAGCAUCGUAAACGUGUGAACACCCACCGACAGUGUUUCUUUUUGGGCUGAUCUUCACUGAUAUGGAGACAAGCACGAAGCUGUGAUGCGGGGACUCGAAGAGCAGCCAGGUUGUGCAGAAUCAUCUCACCAUCAACCUCCGCCUCAUCGCUGACUACCACGCGUAGGAGGUCACGACUGUCGGCGACUCCUUCACGGUCGCUACUAAGGAUGUGUUGAUGGCGGCGAAGUUGUCGCUGACCGUCCAACUAGAGCUGAUGUGGAUGGCGACAAUUGCAGCAGGAUUUACUACGAUGGUCGACUAUACCGAGGAUGGUGGCGGUUCGCAGAACUGGGAUGGCCGCACGCGCAGCGUGCGGAUCGGCUUCGAGCACUGUAUGGGUACUACGACCACAUAUGACGCCAUUCAUCGGCGCUACCGCUACAACACGACAGGUGUAAAUCGCUGCGUCUGCAUCGAGGCUGUCGCGUGUGAAGUGCAAAGCUUACACUCUCACGAGAGUUUCAAGCACCUGAAGUCUAUCCGAGAGUUUCAUGACGAGCCUUGUCUGUACAUCUUUCAUAGCACUAGGCUCACAACCUCUCCCCGAAGGCUGAUAGGCGUAGCUUGAACCACUCCAUAGCGGUGA